AUGAAAAUUGAAAAAUACUCUUUAAAAACAGAAAGUAAUACAAGUCCUUCGGCUAUAAAAAUGGACCCCGCUGCGGACGCGAUCUGUAAACGAUUGGAUUUUGUAGCUCAUUGUAAGCAUCCAAGUUUAUAUCAAAUAGUUCUUCGAAGAUGCCCGGAAACGUGCGGUCUAUGUGACCAACCAGGAGCUCUUGGACAAUGUCCAGACACCAGUCCGAUUUGUCAUAUUGUUGUAGGUUUCCCAGAUGCAUGUAAAAAUGAAAGAAUUGCUCAAGCAUGUAUGAAAUCUUGCAAUAUAACAACAUGUUUGCCAACGUUACGUGAAUUAACGCCUAAAGAAUUGGGUUUAGCUGGUUAUGAAAGUAUGCAGAAACUCUUGAUUGAAUUGUUUUCACACCAAAGCCAAAUGAAACCCGAAUGGUCCCGCAAAUGUCUUAUGGAUCUCAAUUGGGACUGCGAGGAAGCCUAUAAAGCAUUUCUGGCGCUGCGCGAUAAAAUACUUUCUGAAGCUUUUCAAUAA